AUGGGGAACACGCUCGCCACCGACACCAUCCCGCUGCUCGUGACGAUGGUCGACGUGCACAACCCGAAGGCCCAGGACCAGUUCUACUUCUGCAACGUCAGCAGCGGCGGGGCCUCCACCAAAGUCAUCGGUCGCUCCCAGACCCUCAGCGUCGAAGUUGGCAUCACGACCAUUCUCAGGCACGGUGGCGGAUCAUCGUGUACGAGUGCCCCGAGCCCGUCUUCACGCCCGAGACUGCGCGCUGCCUCGGCACGCUGCGCGUGCCCAUCGAGCGCCUCGCCGAGCGCUACAGCUCCGGCAUCUUCCAGCAGUGGUUCAACCUCGACACGGCUACGGACCUCGAAGAAGAACCACUGCGCUGGGGACCCCCAGAUGCUCGUGAGCAAGUUCGAGCAGGCCUACACCGACGCCGUGGUGGACGUCUACCAGCCCAAGAUCUGCAUCUCGGUGAUCGGCACCGCCUUCGAGGUGCAGCGCGACUCGCGCAGCGCCUUCAACAUCUUCGUCGGCGAGGACGUGAAGACCCAGGCUGGCCCAGACCUCAAGGCCCUCAUCGCCUCGCACAAGCAGCAGGCCGCCUACAUCGACGCCCUCCACGAGGAGCUCCGCCGCGUCAACGUGCCCUCCUACCGCGCGAUGCCCGGGAGCGCCCUCGGCUUCGGAGCCCCGGUGUCGGCUCAGCCGCUGAAGACCAUGGCCCCCGAGGUCGGGAUCCCGACCGUGAUGUUGGUGGAGAACAUGUCCUACUUUGACUGCGGCGGGUGCUCCGCCAGACACUUCAUCUUCGGAGAGGGCGGCGGCAAGAGGUUGGCGCAAAUGUUUGGCAUCGAGAGCUUCCACCAGCUUCCCAUCGAUCCGGUCUUCAACUCGGCCUCCCGGGAGUCCUCCGACGGCCCGGUGCUCGCUCGAGGGGAGCACUCGGCCCCGACGAUCGUGCAGGCCAUGCACGGCCUCGUGGCGCAGCUGGACGAGGAGAUGGACCGCCUCGCGGCCAGCAGGGGGUCUCGCCCGAAG